AUGUUCCAAAAGUGGCGUUUGGAAACCAUGACGCCGGAAGAAGCGGCAAAACGAGGGCCCUCUCGCACGGCUCUUUCAUUUCUGACUGCAGUCAAACUGGACGCCAAUUCGGGAAAUAAGAAGAGUAAGAACAUCCCAAUCUCUGAGCCCAUCUCAAAACUGGAGCUCCUCCGCCUCGACACCUCCGACCUGUCCUCCUCAAAAGAGAACACUCUACUCCUACUAACACCAUCUGACAUUUGCCGUGACCCGUCUCCGUUAAACUCGUUGAACAGGAAGAAAUUGAGCGCGCCGCGACUCGAAAAAACGAAAAGCGACGACAUGGUGUUUGCCGAGAUCGAGGCGUUGACAGUGAUGGAGAACAAUCUGUUUUGUUCGUUGAGAAACUCAUCGAAACGCCGGUGCGACGCAAUGGACAAAUACGAUAGAAUAUCGAAACUUGGCGAAGGUUCCUAUGGAGUUGUGUACAAGUGCAAGAAUAAGGAUACCGGGCAAAUUGUGGCGAUCAAGAAGUUUGUAGAGACCGAAGACGAUCCACAUAUCAAAAAGAUCGCGUUGAGGGAGAUUCGAAUGUUGAAGCAACUAAAACAUCAAAACCUAGUUGGACUAAUCGAAGUGUUCAAACGAAACAGAAAACUCCAUCUGGUCUUCGAACUAUGCGACAGGACAGUUCUACAUGAGCUCGAGAAGAGUCCCACGGGAGUCAACGAUGAUCUAACGAAAAAAAUAAUCUAUCAACUUCUGGAUGCUCUCCGCUUCUGUCAUAGUAACAAGUGUAUUCAUCGAGAUGUGAAACCAGAGAAUAUCUUUUUGACAAGAAAUGAUCAAGUGAAACUCGGCGAUUUUGGAUUCGCAAGAAUUAUUAACACCACCGAAAUGUACACGGACUACGUGGCAACCCGUUGGUACCGUAGUCCUGAGCUCCUCGUGGGCGAUGUUCAAUACGGACCGCCCGUGGAUAUUUGGGCGGUCGGGUGUGUCUACGCAGAGCUGAUGACCGGGGAGGCGUUGUGGCCUGGACGAAGUGAUAUCGAUCAGUUGUUCCUUAUAAGGAAAACGUUAGGAGAAUUCCUUCCCCGCCACGUCUCCAUCUUCCGAACCAACCAAUUCUUCUUUGGGCUCUCAAUUCCGGAGCCCGAGCAUCUCGAACCCCUCCCAUCGAAACUACCGAAUGCGAGUAGUGGGCAGUUGGACUUCCUCUAUAAAUGCUUCGAAAUGUCGCCGGAUCGUCGAUGGUCUUGCAGCGAACUCAUGCAACAUGCGAUUUUCCAGAAUUGGUCUUUAAGAAUACGCAUGGAUGAUAGUACCCAGAAUGGGGGACACACUUCGAAGAGAAGUCCCAACUACCUGCCACUUCUGAAUGGCAACUCCAACAACUUGGUCACCAAAAAUUUCAGUUUGCACACAAGUCAUGGGAGUAAUUUGAAUAACAAUGGGAAUGGGAUGAAUCGGAAUUAUCUUCCUACUAUAUCUUAA